UCAUAAGUUGAAAACGCCUUAUUUCAGAGAGUACUUCCUGAAAGAGACAAAGCAGCAAUUAUAGCCGAAGGAGUACCAACUCCUAUGCCAAGUAUUGUAUUUGAAAAAACUUUGUGAAUGAAAAGAAGAACCUAAAACAAAAGAAAUACUGCAUUUCUUAAAUAUACCAUUUUUAGAAAGAGCUAUUUUAACACAAGAUAUCUCUUUUACAUAACUGGAUAUCAUGAAAAAUGUUCCUCUCUAGCACAGCCUUUUGAUGGACAGAAGUUUCUAAGUGUCGUUCCCCCAACAAACUAUAAGAUGACCACUCCUCACAAUCAAGUUCAACCUGGCCCUUUGAAUGAUUCACAACCAGAAGAAUACAAAAUCGCAGCCCUUAUCUUCUACAGCUGUAUCUUCAUAAUCGGAUUAUUUGUUAAUGCCACUGCCUUAUGGGUUUUUAGUUGUACCACCAAGAAGAGAACCACUGUAACCAUCUAUAUGAUGAAUGUAGCAUUUUUGGACUUAAUAUUUAUAAUGAGUUUACCCUUUCGGAUGUUUUAUUAUGCAAAAGGCGAAUGGCCAUUUGGAGAGUACUUCUGCCAGAUUCUUGGGGCUCUCACGGUGUUUUAUCCAAGUAUUGCUCUAUGGCUUCUUGCUUUUAUUAGUGCCGACAGAUACAUGGCCAUUGUGCAGCCAAAAUAUGCCAAAGAACUUAAAAACACAGGCAAAGCCGUGCUAGCAUGCCUGGGAGUCUGGAUAAUGACCCUGACAACUACCAUCCCACUUCUACUGCUCUAUGAGGACCCAGAUAAGGCCUCCACACCCCCCACCUGCCUGAAGAUUUCUGACAUCGUCCACCUAAAAGCUAUUAACAUGUUAAACUUCACUCGACUGAUAUUUUUUUUCUUGAUUCCCCUGUUCAUCAUGAUUGGGUGCUACUUAGUCAUCAUUCAUAGUCUCCUUCACGGGAAGACAUCCAAGCUGAAACCAAAAGUCAAGGAGAAGUCUAUAAGAAUCAUCAUCACACUCAUGGUGCAGGUGCUCGUCUGCUUUAUGCCUUUCCACAUCUGUUUUGCUUUCCUGAUGCUGGAAGGGGAUGAGAACAGUUACAAUCCCUGGGGAGCCUUUACCACCUUCCUCAUGAACCUCAGCACCUGUUUGGAUGUGAUUCUCUACUACAUUGUUUCAAAACAAUUUCAGGCUCGAGUCAUUAGUGUCAUGCUCUACCGCAAUUACCUUCGGAGCGUGCGCAGAAAAAGCUUCCGAUCAGGUAGUUUACGGUCACUAAGCAAUGUAAACAGUGAAAUGCUUUGAAUGAUAAGCAGGUUUUUGUCUUUAGUUUCUUUAUAUUCACUUUACUAACUACCCUAAGGCCAGUGGAUAUUCUGUAUAUUACAAAGUCCCUUCUCUCCUGAAAAAAACAAACUUAAAAAAAACACUUUUGUAGGAUCUAAGUAUGUGACAACAUAAUUAAAUAUUCUUAAUUAUUCUAAUGAAUUUUUUUUUCAAAACUUGUAUAAAACAUAUUUGAGUUACUGGGAGAAAAAUAUCCAAUUUGUAUUUCACAAUGAAGCCUUGUCUAAAUAUAUAGUUGACAACGUUUUGGAUUUAAUUCUACGUGCAAGCGAGUUGAUGUCAAUCAAGUCAGCAGGCCAAAAAAAAAAAAAAAAAGAAAAUCCACUUACUGUUCAAAAUAGUUUAAAUUGUUAAAUUAUAAUUUGAUUAAACCCAAACCAAAGCUCCCUUUGGUUUAAUUUACA